UACUUUGACGUAAAUAUAACCUACAAUUUUUCCAAAAAUCUUAAUACAAUAGAUAAUUCCUGAAAUAAAAUGUCUAAAGUACCAAAUUUAAUAAAUUUUAUAGCAAAAAGGAGCAUCUCCUUGUCAGCUCCUAGGGAAGGCAAGAGAAAUUUCAGGAAAUUCGUGAUCCCUAACAAGAGGGGUUCACGAUUACAUCGUUUGCAACAGCAGACUGAAAACAGGCAGUUAGACAUUGAUAAGCGAGGAGUUCGCGACACAGGGUACUAUAUGGACGGCCGCUUUGUCACUGUACCUGAAAUGAUACCCGAACUUAUCGUGCCUGACUUGAAAGAUUUUGAUUUGAAGCCGUACGUGUCGUACAAAGCUGCCGAUGUUAUACAGAGCGAGUUCACACCCGAACAACUGUUUGACGCUGUGUACAGUAAGAAGAUAGUUACAGAUUUCAAACAAGGAAAGCUAGAUGAAGAUGGAUUCCCCCUAGAGCCGUCAGAGGAUGAGAAACUUCAGCCUGAUGAAGCCGUCCGCAGAGCUAAGAGAACUGGCUCAGAUAUAUUUUGAAAUAUUGUAGUACUUGUGUAGUCUAGCUUUAAAUAGAUAAGGUUAUUGAAUAAAUCCUAUUAAUGUGUUGUCUAA